AUGGACACGAAUGGCGUGAUUGCCAACAACACCGAAGCCUUGGACUUGCGAAGGGUACUACUGUCCAGCUCUACGAAGCGAAGAGUAUCCGAACUACAAGCGCUCUAUGAUCGACUCAUAGUUGAAGAAGGCGUACCGGCUCCGCAGCUCAGAUCUAUACUUUCCACCCUCGUCGACACGUAUUCAUUGUACGUUGACUCGCGGUCACGUCAAGCCGUCGAGACGUGCCUCUCCGCGAUCGUUAGCUCGCCACGCUCACCGGAGACCCUACCUGCGCUUGCCGCUGCGCUUGAGAUUGAAGCAAGAAAGCCUGGCAUCGCUCCCUCCAGUGCCUUCGUUCUAGUAAGAUGGUGUUCUUUAGUGAUUCAGCAUCUAGCCGCAAGGAGGACGCUCUGGGACGCAUGGGGCAUCAGAGUCCUCAGCGCACUUACCAAUGCCCUACAAACUCUGCUUGCUGGGCAUCCGAAGGCAAGUACGGCAGCUACCGCCUUCAGGGUCACGCGAAGAGCGAUCCGGACUGUAGCCAAAGCCAGCUUUGGCGCAGAAGUUCUGGACGACUGCAUUACCUCGUUGACGGCGAAAACGUCGGCUCCGUCUCCUGAGCACGCUUUGCCUUUAGGGGUUGUUGCUGGCGUCUGUAGGCGACUUCCGGAUCGAAGCUAUGUCGUUGAAGCACGCAAACAGGACUAUGCUGCGUUUUAUGUUCGGGAGAUACUCGGCUCAAAGGUACAGCUUCCUCCGUGGAUCGCUACAGCGCUCAACGAUUUCUUCGCUGUUUUCCUUCCGAAGGACGAUGUCGAACAGCUUCUCGCACCUCCGAUAGAAAAGGCGUUGUUACGUGCGCCGGAGAUCGCUUUGAACGAUCUUGUGUCGCCCCUCAUCCUGAGUCUUCCAGAUUCUAUCGACCUGACAUCUGUGCUUGUUGUCAACCUGCUCAAGCCCCUGCUUUCGAACAUCAAGUCCUCCAACCAAACAAUUCGUGAGGGCGCGAUCCGGACCUUCGAGGCAGUCGCGAGCCGUUGCCACGACAGCACCCUUCUUUCAAAGGCUAUGGACGACAUCCUCACACCCCUGAGGACAAACAAGCUUCCAUCUGCGGAUCAAAGAGCGCUGCAUGCACAGAUGCUAAUAGCCUUGUUGCACAACAUUGAUACCUGCGGCAAAAUCGCUCAGGGCUUAGUCACAAUAGCGGCAAAGGAGACGAAUGAGCAUGCCGUGUCCGUGCAAAUACGAGCUAUCUGCGAAGGUGCUGCGUUUGCCCUUCGCAACAACGUUUCCGUUGACAAGACGGUCGGAGGAGCCUUCGUUAAUGGUCUGGGAGAGAAACGCUUGCCAGUCCGGCGGCUCUGGGCGCUACACAUGGCUCAGGCUCUCUGGAGCCUCGGUGCAGAAGUCUUGCAACUCACUGCCACCGCUGCACUCUUUGAGCCAUCUAUAGGCAAAAUGAUCGAUGUGUUCAACGAGCUGAUUACGAACCCGACGCUAGCGAUUCAGUCCGGCCAGGCGUCUGUGGCUUGCGCGAUAACAGCGGUCUGCUUGGGCGUUGUACCAAAGAUGUCUUCACUGCAGAACGCAUCGAUUGUCAAAAAGGCGAGCAUUGCCGAACGAUCGUUGGCACUCGAACCGAAACCGUCUUUCCUGCUCAAUCCUCGAGCUCUUACUAAACUUUCCACCGAAGACGACUUGACAUGGUUCGAACGAGGCUUGUUUGCCGCCUUCCGCAGUCUGCCCGUUCACACAGCCAGUGAACCCAAGAACACACUCUGGGCUCUGUCUACCAUUUACAUAGUGUCAGCCUUCAGCAUCCCGGCAAAAGUACGCCAGGAAACCUUGGGAGCGCUCCGACAACUGUAUAUGGAGGAGUCACAGCAUGUAUCAAGCAGCAUCAUUGACGGACUUUGGCGGUGGUGCGAGGACGUUCAGCUUGAUUCUAAAGACAGCCUUGCAGUCGCUGCGGGUACUGGUCGCGAAGCACUCCAUCGUGCCGUACGAGCCAUCUGUCCACCGCAAUCGUUCGCUUCUUCGGAAGCACGAGACUCUGUUCAGGACAUCAGUAGGAGGCAGCUAAGAAAACUGCUCGUGCUGUGCAGACCACAGCUUGUACCGCGCGCUCCGUGGAUCGAGCUUUGUCUGCAGACCGGCAAUGAUCCUCGCCAAUUGGUGCUCGAGGCACCCCAUGAAUGCGUGGCCGACAUUCUCGCCGUUACCGAGCAUUCCGCGUGGAAGCCGCUUCCUGCGUUCCAAGCGGCAGCGUUUAGUGCUGCUGCAGAGCUCGCGUUUGUGGCACCAGAUGUGAUGACUCCACUCAUUGUUGCACAGAUAUCUCACGACCUUGAUCCAUCCCAACUCAGCGAUAUCGGUCCCACAGAAGCCGCUAUUUACCGAACACCGGAGGGUACGGCUUUUGUGGAUGUCCUCUCCAAGCAGACGCAGUCACAACCUAUCAGCAAGAACACCAAAGACUACGAUACGCUAAAAUGGGAAGAAGAACUAAGGACGCAGAUAGCUCAGAAGAAAGGCCAAGCACGGAAGCUGACUGCUGACGAGCAGGCCAAGGUGAAAGCUCAACUGCAGAAGGAGACCAACAUACGCAGUCACGUUGCGGACGUCGAUUCCCGCUUGAGGCGUGGUAUUGGCAUCGUUAUUGCACUUACGACUGGCCCACCCACUGAAGCCGAGGAAUGGUUCGGUCCUUCAGUGAGGCUUCUCUUCGAUGUGAUCGAGGCUGGUGCAGGACUUGUCGUCGGAGAUGCCGCUUCACUUGGCUACUUACAAUGUGCACAUAGGAUUUCAAGCCGGCUGGGUGCGAUGCGACCUUUCGUAGGGGUGGCGACGCUGCGUAGUGCGGGUGUAACUGUGCUCCCGGAGAAUCUUCUAGCUGAGCCUCUCGGCGACCUGGUGACAAGAGUACUGUAUCGGCUUCGCUUCCUAGGCGAACAACGACCCUUCGACACUGUGACAUUGAGCUACAUUCUCGCCCUUGUGUUCCUUGUCCUGGAAAACGGCGGAGUUGAUCGAGCCGCUGCCGAAGACGCCGGGGAGCAGAUCGUGCUUGCAAUCGAGUUUCUAUCCUUCCACACAGAAGCGUGCAGCGACGUCCGAAUACCGCGGCAGAAGCUACUGCGCACUCUCAUUUCCGCCAUGCAGCGCUAUACUCAGCAUUUCCGACAAAUCAAGGAUUGCUUCUCCGACCUAUGCAGGUGUUUGGCACCAAGCAUGACAAGCUCUGAGACGGAUACAGUAGUUAAAGGCGUCACCGUCGAGGACCCAUCAGUAAGAGGCGCUGUCCUACAGGCUAUUAGUGCCGAGCUGGAGCUCACGGAACGAGAAUUCUACGUCGAGGUCUGGCUCGCUUGUCACGAUGAUGUGGAUGAGCACAGAGACGUUGCACAUGACAUCUGGGAAGAAAACGAGCUCAAGGUUACCGUAGAUGCUGCAGACCAGUGCUUGCCGUACCUUGAGUCGAAAGACGUGCAGCUUCGGCGAGCUGCAGCCCGUUCGAUUGCAGAUUGCUUGACAGAGCACCCCUCAUCCUUCGGCAAUAUCAUGAAUCGGCUUCAGCAAAUGUACGCAGAGUGUGCGAAGCCACGCAUGCCACAAUUGGACCGCUAUGGCAUGCCGAUGAAGAAGGACCUUUCAGACCCGUGGGAGACCCGACAUGGUGUAGGUCUGGCUUUCAAAGAGCUUGCUAGUGUAUUCCCGGACGACGAGCUCGAACCCUAUAUGCGCUUUAUUAUCGAGAGCGGGCCCCUUGCGGACAAGAGCGUUACUGUCCGCGACGCCAUGGUGGCUGCGGCUACUGCUGUCGUGACCACCCGUGGCAAGACGCAGGUAGAGCCUCUAAUGAAGUUGUGUGAGAGCACGCUAGGAAGCUUAGCAAGCAGCAGCCAGUCGCAAGACCUUGUCAGCGAAGCCGUGGUAAUCCUUUACGGUGCUCUUGCCCGCCAUCUGCCGAGCGGUGAUGCACGCAUACCAAAGGUGGUAGACCGCCUACUAUCCACCUUGAGCACACCGUCAGAAUCGGUGCAGUACGCCGUAGCCCAAUGUCUGCCACCUCUUGUUCGUGCCUCUAGCGGUGAGGCCAGCCGUUACCUCAAGCAGACACUGGACGAAACGCUCCACGGGAAGAAGUACGCCGCGCGACGCGGAGCCGCAUACGGCCUCGCUGGUAUCAUUAAGGGCUGCGGUCUUUCUGCGCUGAAAGAGAAUCGCUUAUUAUCCACUUUGAGAGCUGCAACGGAGAAUAAGAAAGACCCGAACGAACGACAGGGCGCCUACUUGGCGUAUGAGCUUCUGUCUUCACUACUCGGCCGGAUCUUCGAGCCAUACAUCAUACAGAUCGUACCUCAGCUUCUCGUGGGUUUCGGCGACACCAGCACUGACGUACGGGAAGCAUGCCUUGACGCGGCCAAGACGUGUUUCGCCUCACUGAGUUCUUAUGGUGUUAAGCAGAUCUUGCCAAUGCUGCUCGAAGGCCUCGACGAAUCGCAAUGGCGGAGUAAGAAGGGUGCGAGCGACUCGCUUGGCGCAAUGGCGUACCUUGAUCCUCAACAGCUCGCCGUCAGCCUGCCUGAAAUCAUACCGCCGCUCACAGAAGUGCUGAACGACACGCACAAAGAAGUGAGAGCAUCGGCUAAACGUAGCUUGCAACGCUUCGGCGACGUCAUCACGAAUCCCGAAGUCAAGAGCCAAGUGGACAUACUACUCAAAGCACUCAGUGACCCGACAAAGUACACUGACGAGGCAUUGGACGCUCUGAUCAAGGUCAACUUCCUUCAUUAUCUGGAUGCACCCUCGCUAGCGCUCGUAGUCCGCAUCCUCGAGCGAGGUCUGGGUGAGCGAUCUGGCACAAAGAGAAAAGCUGCGCAGAUCAUUGGCAGUCUUGCGCACCUUACAGAGCGGAAAGACUUGGUCUCGCACCUUCCGAUCCUUGUUGCUGGGCUGCGUGUUGCCAUCGUCGACCCUGUGCCUUCAACAAGAGCCACGGCGUCGAAGGCGCUUGGCUCGACGAUCGAAAAGCUGGGCGAAGAUGCCUUGCCCGACCUUAUCCCCAGUCUCAUGCAGACUCUCAAAUCAGACACGGGCGCCGGAGACCGUUUGGGUUCCGCACAGGCUCUCAGCGAAGUGCUUGCCGGACUUGGAACUGGUCGCUUGGAGGAGACGCUGCCCACCAUCCUGCAGAACGUGUCCAGCUCGAGGGCUUCUGUACGCGAAGGCUUCAUGACUCUAUUCAUCUUUUUGCCUGCCUGUUUCGGGCAAAGCUUUGCGAAUUAUCUGGCGCGGAUUAUCCCGCCGAUCUUGGCUGGGCUUGCAGAUGAAGUCGAAUCGAUCCGCGAGACUGCGUUGAGGGCUGGUCGUCUGCUUGUGAAGAACUUUGCAGCUCGCUCAGUGGAUCUUCUGCUGCCCGAGCUUGAGCGCGGAUUGGCUGACGAUAGCUACCGCAUUCGACUGAGCUCCGUUGAGCUGGUCGGCGAUCUGCUGUUCAAUCUUACAGGCAUUAGUGGGAAGACGGAAGCUGAGGACAUGGAGGAGAAUGCUGUUGAAGCUGGGCAGUCGCUGCUCGAGGUGCUUGGCCAGGAAAAGCGUGAUAAGGUACUGUCAGCGCUGUAUAUCUGCCGCUGUGAUACAUCCGGCCUCGUGCGCACCGCUGCUAUCACGGUCUGGAAAGCCCUGGUGUCGACACCGCGGACACUACGCGAGCUCAUUCCCACGCUUACGCAACUGCUCAUUAGACGCUUAGCCAGCUCGAACAUGGAGCACAAGGUCAUCGCUGGUAACGCUCUUGGCGAACUUAUCAGGAAAGCUGGAGAAGGCGUGCUGGCGAGUCUGCUGCCCACGCUUGAGGAAGGCCUAGAGACGUCUACUGACACCGACGCAAGGCAAGGCAUAUGCAUUGCGUUGCGUGAGCUCGUCUCUUCCGCGGCUCCAGAAUCGCUCGAGGAAUACGAAAAGACGCUGUUCUCCGUCGUGCGGACUGCGCUUGUUGACUCCGACGAGGAUGUCAGAGAAGCUGCUGCAGAAGCGUUCGACUCUCUGCAGAAGAUAUUUGGCAAGCGUGCAAUCGAACAAGUGUUGCCGCAUUUACUCAGUUUGUUGCGGUCUGAAGAUGGAGCUGAGAAUGCCCUGGCUGGACUUCUUACGCUGCUGACAGAAGCGACGAGGUCUAACGUAAUCCUACCAAACCUGCUGCCCACCCUGCUUACACCUCCGAUCUCCGCCUUCAACGCUCGAGCACUGGCAUCACUGGCACAGGUGGCAAGCUCGGCGAUGACGAGACGCUUGCCAACUAUACUCAAUUCGCUCAUGGACAACAUCGUGGGCGCAAAGGACGAAGCCCUGCGGACAGAGCUCGAUGCGGCUUUUAACACCAUCUUGAUCUCUGUCGAUGAGUUUGACGGCCUCAACACGAUGAUGAGCGCCAUGCUCGUGCUGGUCAAGCAUGACGACCAUCGCAAGCGAGCAUCUGCCGAUAUGCACCUCGCGAAGUUCUUCGAAACCGCGCAGGUCGACUAUUCGCGAUACUACCCAGACUUGAUCCGCGUCCUCCUGCUUGCAUUCGACGACAGUGAUACAGAGGUCGUGAAGGCCGCGUGGACCGCUCUGAGUGCGCUGACACAGAAGCUACGCAAGGAGGAGAUGGAAUCACUGGUCAGCUCGACUCGGCAGACUCUCAACCAGGUCGGUGUUGCUGGACACAACCUACCCGGCUUCUCGCUACCGAAGGGCAUCAACGCGGUUUUGCCGAUCUUCUUGCAAGGUCUCAUGAACGGCUCGGCAGAGCAGAGGACGCAGGCUGCGCUUGCAAUCUCCGACCUCAUCGACCGCACGUCUGCCGAAGGCCUUCGGCCGUUCGUGACACAGAUUACGGGUCCGCUCAUCCGUGUCGUGUCUGAGCGCUCAACCGAGCUCAAGGCUGCAAUCUUGCUUACACUCAACAACCUGCUCGAGAAGAUUCCGACAUUCCUUAAACCAUUCCUACCGCAGCUUCAGCGUACGUUUGCCAAGUCGCUUGCAGACCCUUCGAGUGAGGUCUUGCGGUCGAGAGCUGCUCGGGCGCUUGGCACAUUGAUCACGAUGACUCCUCGCAUUGAUCCGCUUAUCGCCGAGUUGGUGACCGGCGCGAAGACGACCGAUGCGGGCGUCAAGAACGCGAUGCUGAAAGCGCUGUAUGAGGUCGUAAGCAAGGCGGGCUCGAACAUGAGCGAGUUGUCUCGCACGUCUAUUCUCGGACUUAUCGACUCGGAUACUGCGGACGGUGACGAUGCUCUCAACAUUACACAUGCGAUGUUGCUGGGCGCUCUAAUCAAAGUGCUGCCAGCGGAGGCUGCGGUGGGACUUAUAAAAAGCCGAGUACUUACGAGCCACUUCACCCACUCAUCUGUGCUUGCGCUCAACGCCGUUCUGCUCGAAGCGCCAGAAGCGCUCACGGAACAUCUAGAUGACAUAACGAGGGCAAUCAUCGUUCAAGGUGUCGGUAACAGUGAGCCGUUCAUCGCCGACAACUGCGUGCUCGCUACCGGCAAAUACCUCCUCGCGGAAGCAGGCAGUAAGAGCUACGAGCAUACCAAACCUCUUUUCGAAGCAUUGGCACAAGUCUUACCACCCGGCGGGCCAGUCGACACACGUCGCUUAGCACUCGUAGUCAUCCGUACCAUCAGCCGCGAGCACAACGAGCUCGUCCGUCCGCACCUCGACGUCCUCGUCCCGCCAAUCUUCGCCAGCGUGCGAGAUCCCGUGAUCCCAGUGAAACUGGCGGCCGAGGCGGCCUUUUUGGCGGUGUUCGAUGUGGUACAGGAAGACAAGGCGGUGUUCGAUAAGUAUAUGGCGGGACCGGGAGCGAGCUUACAACCGGGGCCGAAGCGGAGUAUGAAUGAGUACUUCACGCGGAUUGCGCUUAGGCUUAGCAGUCAGGCGAAGGAGAGGAGGGAGGCGGAGGGUGGUGCCGGUGGGCUGGGGUUGUCGUCGGAUGAGAGGGAUGACAUGAGUGAGGUUAUGUCGGUAGGUAAGGUUGAUCUGGGCGAGAAGAGCUUUGUUGAGUAG